AUGUUGUUUACGCUCGAUCAUUUGGCGUUUAAAAUGGUAAGUAUUUAUAAACAUUUGAUACUAAAAGAUACAGUGGUUUUGUCAAAAAAAGAUGAUUUUUAUUCACUAAAAAGUCAAAAAACCUUUCAUAACUUACUAGUCGCGACAUAAAGUCCUGACACAUUUUGCACCGUGCAUUCUUCUUUCAUUUCAUCCGCACUGUGCAUCUUUUCGCAUUUGUCGCCGCGAUUUCCCGUUUUUGCACUAGAGACGUGCACUUUCGCGCGCGACAAACCCGAAUUUGGGGGCGCGACGUCCAAACCCCGAACUUUCGCACGGUGCAAAAUGUGUCAGGACUUUAUGUCGCGACUAGUACAUGAUGAAACGAAUUUUUUAUCCAAUGUCAUCAUCACAUUUUUUACGGUACAAUUGCUACAAAAAUACAAAUUGUUAAAACACCAUACAGUUGAAAAAGAGGUAGUGCAAAAAACAAGACGAGAAGAUAUACGUAUGAAUUACAUACACGUACGUAUAUCUGUAAGGCCAAUUGAGUUGUUUUGAGCACGCACGUACUGAUUAUUCAUUGACACUAAUCGUAAAUUUUGCAGCCGGCGGUGAAAAACUAUGUUUAUAUCUUUCAACAACAACAAUUUUUCAGGCAGAAAAAAAAAAAUUUCAGGCAGUACACAACGGCCAGGACUAUGUUUAUUACAUUACAUUCUCCGAGUACCUCUAUAAUUUCCAUGACGAAAUACUCUUCCGCGAAAUGUUCUUCCAUAACUUUAUCAAAUACAUGUACUUGUCCUUGUUGCCUGUCCAAUUUUUCUAUCGCUAUCAAGUUCUUAUUUCCAAUGGCGUCACAAAAAUGUACAAGACGCUCGGCGCCAUGGCUUUGGCUGUCGGCUACAGUCUGGUUGACUCCACAUGGUUAAUGCCGUUUGUUGAAAUCAACGGUGACAAAUCGGACAAGGAGUUGCUGCAAGGUGGAUGUGAUACAAGUUCGAUUCAUAAGCAUGUGGUGUUUUCAAAGGUACUGUGGCAAAACAUAUUUUAUUGGAGUCUUAGAGAGUUUUAUUUCAUGUUUAUUUUAAUUUUUUGCAGCGCCUUCCAGGAGCUUCAACCUACUCCACACUUCAUCGAGCAUAUGUCAUUGGCUCGUCUGUUAUAGUGCUUUAUUAUGGGACGAUAACUAUUCUUCAUAUACGAAAAGUAUAUCAUGCAAUGUCGAGAAAAGCGAUCGUUCUCAAUCACCGAUUAAACCGGCUCUUCUGUGUUCAGGUACCCACAUCACAUUUAUUUACCCUUUUUUAGUUAAUAAUGCUGAUUGGACUCAAUGUCCUCCCAAUGAUCGGCUUCAUCUUCACAGACUCGGUCUCAACUUUGCUUGGCAAUAUCAUCGGAAUCGCGAGAGCCUUUGGGUUGGGUAUUUUCCCGCUUGUUGAUGCGCUUGUCAUCAUAAUGGUCUUCCCAUCUUUUCAACGCCAGCUUUUCUACCGCUGCCUCUCUAAACAUAGAAGGACCUCCAUUAUCUCGCUUCGGACAAUCUCAUUCUUGACCUAAUUGACAAGGAAAGUAGUUCUAUGUAUUAUAGGUAAAGACAUACAUCCAAAAUAAAAAUUACGUUGCUUUCAAAAAACCUACUCAAAAGUUGGCAAAACACCCCCUGAAUUUUCACAAACUAAAUUAAAACUAUUAUAAUUAUAAUGAGCUAUCAAAUGCACUGCGGUAAGCAGCACCUGAAAACCCCACUCAACCCGUCUGAACUUUUAGAAUGUUGUUGUGCAGCUCGGUAUUUCACGAUUAUUUGGAGCAAUUCGUCUAUUUUGCCGGCAUUGCAGCCUUGGUCUUGAACGGGCUGGUUCUAGCGGCAUGUCUGCGUCAUAACGCUGAACAAAGGCUCUUCAAGUAUUUCAUAGGCAUCCAUACGAUUAUCAACAUGUUCUACACGAUUGGAAGGGUUGUGUUUAAGUUUGUGAGUUUUUUGAGGGUCUUAGCUUUUGGUGUGAACCUAUUUGGUCACACUUACUGGGCCUUAAAACUCAUUAUCUUAGAGGUCGUAGACGAAAUCACCUAAAAUGUGACUUGUUCAAAAUACGAGGUAUAAGGCCAUAACAAAGGGUAUGACAUCGUUGCAUGUCUAAUUGGGUGUACUCGAGGGCUAAUAUUUUAUUUCCAGCCCUAGUAAACUAAAAAUAUUUAUCAUGCAUACUACAUAAUAUGUAUAAACAGCCCCACGGUGAUUUUACAAAAAAAAUUUUAAAAUUUUUUAGCCAUCCUAAUGUUUAAAUUAAGGCUAUCAGCAGCGGCCACAAUUAUGUCUAUUACCUUACCGAAGCCUCCUACCUCGCUCAGGCUUCGGAAUCGACGUUGAAAAUAACUUUCUUUAUUGAAAUCUUCGCCCAAUACCUCUACCUGGCCUCCUUUCCAACCCAAUUCUUUUGUCGAUAUAAAAUUUUGCUAUCUCAAAGCGAAAGUGUCCGCUUCAAGAUUUUGAUUGGAAUUUUGGUAGGGUUUAUCUACAGUCUUUGGGAUUCCGUAUGCCUUGUAUAUUUAAUGGAGUCCAACAACGAAAAAUCUGAUGCUGAAUUGUCGGAAAUGGAGUGUAAUCUAAAGCAUAAUCUAAAUAAUUUCACUAAUCAUUUGGUAUUUAACAGGGUAAGUAAAAUUUCGGCGCUUUUUGAAAUCUUAUUUCGGCGCCCUUUAGACAGCACAGUAUGCGACAAUCUACUCAAACCUCCAUCGACUUUUUUUCGUUAUAUCGUAUAUCAUUGUUGUGUAUUACUCAGUCAAAACGCACGCAUAUGUAAACAAGAAGUGUAUGAUGAUUUCAAGGAAGACCAUUGUGAUGAACAGGCGGCUCAAUCGUAUGAUACUGCUUCAGGUAAGCGUUUUUACUCGUGGUUGGCCAAAAAAGUCGAGAAGAAUUGCCAAAGGUGCUAAGGAUUGUAUCCGCUCGACUGUUUUGACUUACAAUUAACCGACAAUGUAUUCUGAGGUAGUUACCAGUGACUGCCACAGCUUCGGAGCCGGCUCUUGGCUCCAGCUCGAGCGGCUCCGACUCCGAGCAGGGGCCAGAGCCGGAGCCGGAAAUUUUUGGUCCGGCUCCAUAUCCCGUGCCCAAAGUCGGAGCCAGGCUUCUCAGCGUUCAGAAAAGUAAAAAUUUUGUGGUCUUGUUAAACCAAUUGCAUGAAAAAUAGAAAAAUAAUCGGGACUUCGCUCAAAAACGUUGGCUGUGUCAUCUCUGGCACUGAUAACUUUUAAGAAGCCGGAGACCUUUAUAAAUUUUGCAACCGAUUCGUGAACAUUGCCAUUUUAGCUAUCAAUCCCAUUCAUCCUAAACGUCGGCCCAAUGAUGGCGUUUAUUUUCUCGAGAUCAAUCGCUGGGAAGACUGGGGAGACGAUUGCGUUGGGAAGAGAAUUCGGCUUAGGAAUAUUGCCAUUAUUUGA